AUGACGACGAGGGCGGAUUCUCGUCGACAUGGUCGCAGCAAAGGGAUCCACUCGGGAUGCUUGUUGUCGUUGCAUCCAACGUAUUGCGAUUCUGUCGAGCAGUAUAUCCCGAAUCACGAGGUUGUCGAUGCUGAGCAAAAGUGCCCCUCCCACGGGGCCCAGAAUGACUGUGACCGCGGCCCCUACCGCGCCCAGCUCCGCCUGCCCCGCGAUGAUGUGCUCGGCCUGACAUGUCUUCGACUUUCCACACGUUUCCAGCAGCAUACAUUGCUCGCCGCAGCUUCUUCGAGCGUUCGUGUCGACCGCAUCGUCGUAUGGCGGGGUAGCCGCACGAUCAUGGUCACUAAGACUCGCAGGCAGACCGCGGCUGAAGCUGAAGCCAAUGUAGUGCCUGCUCCAUCAGCCAAGCCGACGAAGCCUCGAACGAAGGUUUCUGACCGAGUGCCAGACGAGAAGUCUCGAUCGAGGACCAAGAGGCAGUCUGCCACUCCACCAGAUUUGCCGCAGCGGGUCGAAGCUCCGCUUCACCAUGAGCACGACUCAACUGGUGCAGUCGAUGUGCCCACCAUUCCUCUGUACGACUUUGAUCUGCCGCUCGAACUCGACUUUCCCUACGGAUCGCGCAUCUCAGCGUUCAAUCCUGCUCCGUACGAGAGCCUGAAGCGCAAGCUCCGGCUCUGGUUCCCUGAUCUAGCACUGCAACAUGACAGUCAAUCCAGUGAUCCUCUCCAAGAGUUACCGGUCGAAGCUGGCCACAAUGACAAGUCAGAACCGAAGCGAAGCAAAACGGCGCCUAUCUCUGGCAAGAUUUCGUCAGCCACAAAAGAUCCGAGCCCGGCAGGGCCAAAGCGAUCAAAGCGUACCGGAAAGGCCAAGAGACCGGACUACAUCCAUCUCGAGGUCGAAUUCGUGCCGCAGCUUGUCACCGAGAUGGACCUUCAGUUGCCCCGCACCUCUCGCGGGUGGUCUGGCACCGUGUCGAACAAGCCGCUUGCGGCUCUUGCAGUGGUCGCACUGGCCCCGCCAGACUAUGUGCCCGAACCGGACAACGCCAAGUCAAGGAAGCGGACUCCCAUCCUCCCAGACGCAGCUAAGAGCGAGCAUGAGUCUACGUCCGACGACGACGAUGAGAAUGACCAGGAUGACCUUGACACGCUGCUGCUCGGACACAUAGUCCCAUCGGCCUUCAAAGAUUCGGCUCAUCACCCUCUGGCCCACUUGGAGUCCAUACUGAUGACGAAGGAAUGGAUCCAAUUGUACGGCGAGGUCAGCCUGGCUCCGCCUUUUCUCCCUCCAGAGUCCGAGGUCUUCGGUCCGGAGGCCUUCGAGACCUCAGCCAAGCGUGGAUCAGCAUCUAACCCCGGAUCGUCCUCUUUGUCUAUCAAAGCUGAACCUGGCACCGACCCUUUGACGCACACCAGGGACGCUUUCAGCCUUGAGGGCCCUCGCAUAUUCACUCGUGGCUCGAACGUGCCAUCUACUCGCCUGCUCGGUGUCCUCAGCAUCCAGGUUGGCCUCGAAGCUGCAGCGCUCCAGUACGGUGCGGGGAAGGACGAUGUCGAUGGCUUUGUCGCCUCGCACGCUGACCUCAAGAACACGGCCGCAGAGGGAUCUCUGGGACUAGCGCGUGCACUUCGUCAGGCCAUCCCGUCUGUGGUCGAUUGGGAGCACAGCUUCGUCGAAAUAGACGCGGACGCCCACACCUACUGGGAUCGUAACGAGUCGUUCUACGAUCUACCGCCAAAGCAGAAGACACUCAGCCGUCACCUCGUGCUGGAUCAGGUCGAAUCUGUUGACCUCCUCGACAAAUCUGGCUCGAAAUCUCCGAGCAAGAAACGCAAGAGAUCAUCCAACGCAUCGAGAGCGUCGAGGUCAUCACUCCUAACUCGCCCUUUCCCCACCGCAGAUGAGGACGACGAAGACGACCGUCGCGGCCACACAUGUUAUUGUCCCAGUUGCAUCAAUAUGCGCGACGGACGGCGAGAGGCGGAACGUUCUGCACCGUCAAGCGAGCCAUCUCGUCCUAGAUUGCAAGCUCUGCCGCUCGGAGAGCAAGUGUCGAGCACCGAUGCAAGGCUGGGCGACAACACCAGCGAGAGGUUCCUUCCCCUGGAUACAAACAUCGCCAGCCUUCUUGAGGCGUGCCGUCCCCGCCCGGACGGACCCCGGGUGUAUCCACCCUCCGACGUGAUCCCGACACCGUUGCUCGGCUAUCAAGCCCGAUGCCUCGCGUGGAUGAUCAAGCGAGAGACUGUGGUCGAUGAAGACGUAGGUCAGCUCAUGCCUAACUGGAUCCCCUUGCGAUGCAAAGCAGCUGCCGACAUCAAGCAGAGGCGUCUGCAGCUCGAGGCGGAACGAGAGGCGCUCCUCGAUGCCAUGCAGCGCAAUUUGUCACGAUCGCGUCGCAAUGCUAACGUAAAGGCAGCUCAAGCUGCGAUCAUCGCUUCCAGCACUGCGGAGAAGAGUGCUGCUUCGACAAGCGAUGCCCCGGAUGGAAGCACCACAGAACCACGCGGAGCGCUCAAGAGGGAACCGUUCAUCGACCCGACUGAGCAAAGUUUUUACUUUGAUCAGGUGUCGGGUUUGCUGAGCCUGCGUCGCUUCUGCUGCCGUUCCAGUGAGCCUGGAGGAGCGCUCUGCGAAUCUAUGGGCCUCGGUAAGACGCUCGAAAGUCUGUCGCUCAUCGCAGCGCGACCUCGCCCCGACAAUCCGAAUCUCUUGGAGUACGACACCUCGCGCAGCGCCCGUAUGAUUGCAGCGCUAGAUCUCUCGGAGCGUCCGUUUGUCUCGCAGGCAACAUUGGUGGUCUGCCCUGCAGCUUUGGUGGAGCAAUGGAUGGACGAGAUCUGCAAGCAUUUCCGCAGUCGCAGCCGUAAUCGCAGCGGCAGCAACGUCGACGAGUCCUCGCAGGACGACGCGAACAGUGUCAAUCAACAAUCAGGCGUCGUCCGAUAUCGCCAUGCUGAUUUCGCUUGGGAUGUCCAUUCGCGACGUGCCGAUGUCCGAGCGCUAGCAAGGAAAAAGCUAGUGGGGCCAGACAUCGUCGUCGCCACGUACGAAGAGCUGGCGUCUCAGCUAGCCGAGAGCCACAAGGUGCCUCACAGCAGCGACCAGGUUCGAACACCACUGCUGGAGGUGCUCUUCUGGCGCAUCCUCUUGGACGAGGCACAGAUUGUUGCUGGCGCAUCGGGUAAGGCAACCAGCAUGGUUCACGAGCUGUGGCGCAGCAAUUGCUGGAUGGUGACCGGCACGCCCGUCACCAAAGGCAUUCGAGACAUUCAGGGUAUCUUUGCUUUCAUGGAUCACGAUCCUUUGGCUGCACCGCGCUUCUUCCGCGACAUCCUUCAGCAGCCCUUCAGUCGAGGCUGCGUUGAAGGCGUCCGACGUCUGCGAGCGCUCCUGCCGCGGUACGUCUGGCGACACACGCAGGCGCACGUCGAAGACGAGAUCGUCCUGCCUCCCUGCACGAGCGAGGUGCUCGAGCUCAGACUCAAGCAUGUCGAGAGGCUCUUCUACGACAAGGAGGUCAGCAAGUUCCGCGAGAGCUUUGCCAAGCAAGCCGCAAGGGGCGUCGCCAACGUCGCCCAACCUUCGUUCCUCGUCCAUCUCCGUCAACUGCUCAGCCAUCCCCAGGUCGCCGACGAGUAUCUGUACUUCCACAACUACUCGCGUCUGUCCUUUGCCGAGCUCUUCCAAAGAUUCUUCCAGCAGGCCGAAAGCGAGCUGGGCAACAUCCGCAUGCAAGUCGUCUCCAGCACGCUGCAGCUCGUCUGGGGCCACGAUUUCUACGUUGCAGAGACGGACAAGAGACGCUGGCGCGGUGGAAAGACGCCGCUCGAUGGCCGAGACGCCAUCUGUCAACUCUUGAACGCAGCCUUGCGGGUCGUCACCCUGGCUUUGGAUGAACAAGCUCGUCAGAGCAUUCCAGCGUCACCCGAAGGAGAGGCUGCCAUUGGCGAGGGACCCAGCGACGAGUCUGGAAUUCAGUCGGCCAACACGCGCCAACACGGUAAAGUGGAAACGAGCGCUGAAGCUACGCCUUCCACGUCGGCGUUACCUUCCGAUGCCGCCAUGCAGCCGGCCUCGGGUGCCACCGACUCGACAGCAAGGAUCAAUCUUUCGUGGGAGGAAGCAGACUACUGGUUGCGGGUGCUCCUGCAGAAGCAUGCUGAUCCCGCCUCUGGCGGCGAUGAGGGAGCAGGAGCGGCCAUCGAGCCACCGGCGCGAUGGGACCCAGAACGACCCAGUCGGACCUGCUUCGACAAGGAGUUCAAGGACGCAGACGAUCCCUCUGUCGAUCUCAAAGAUCCACGAUUUCACCUCGUGAUCCAAGAUGCCAGCGCCGAAGAUUUGGACGAGGACGAGUACUUGGCCCAAAUCGUCGCGGAGCAGAGCGCCAAGAACCAGAACCAUCCUGCCGAGCCACGCAAGAAGUUCAAGAUGGACGCAGCCUUCCAGCCUGGCUCGCUCAAGAAGGCUCGCCUCCGCGGCAAAGCCACGCAGAGGCAGAAAAGAAGAGUGUGGUCUUACAAGCCCAAAGAGCGCCUCGAUACGACGCAGGCGAAGCUGCUUCAGCAGCGAGCGAAUCUGCCAGGCAAGGAGCACGAGGUUGCCUUUUUGCGGCAGCAACUGCUGGAAGGUCUCGGCGCCGAGACAAAUAUAGGGUUGGGAGAAGCUGGAGAUCCUGCGGACGCCUCAUCGGGGGAGGCACCGGCUCCAGGCCCGGAGUGCCAGAUCUGCUUCGAGCCGAAAAUGCAGAUUGGCGUGCUGCCCUGCUACCACUCGUUCUGCGCCGACUGUAUCGACAUUCUAUGCCAGAAGAACUCUCGAUCGGUGCCAUACGUGUGGACCAGCUGGAACAAGCCGCGCUGUCCCAAGUGCCGACUCCAAUUCCAUCCCGAUCGAGUGACUCGCAUCAUGGAGCGAGGGAGGUCUGCCUCAGCGGACGGCUCCGAGACCGUGGUCGGCGAUUGGAGCGGCAAGAUUUCGGGACUUAUCAUGGACUUUCAAGCAAGACUGGCUCAAGAUCCGACGCACAAAGCCGUCGUAUUCUCGCAUUGGCCCAAGAUGCUGAACUUCAUGUGCGAAGCGCUGGUGCAGAACGACAUUGCAGCGGUGGUCUUUGGAGGCAACGAAGUCAAGCAGGCAGAGGCUCUGAGGGCAAUCCGCGACGACGAAAAAGUGCGUGUCAUCCUCGUGCCGUUCCGUGCCAGCGCAGGUGCCGCCGGGCUAACCCUCACCUCGUGUAACUUGGCGUACCUAAUGGAGCCGGCGCUUGAUGCGGCUCUAGAGGCACAGGCAAUUGGUCGUAUCCAUCGUAUCGGUCAGCGUCGCGAGACCACCGUCCUUCGCGUCAAGAUGAAGGAUACGAUCGAGGAUGCGGUCAUGCGCAUUGCCGACGAACGCUCACGUCGAGGCAUGGAGCUUGCCACGCACACAGAUCCGAGCGCCGCGGCUCCAUCUGGCGUAUCUGCGCUGGCAUCUAUCUCCGAGUCAGGAGCAGGCGGCGCUGAGUCCUCCGCAGCUGCAGUAGCAUCACCCGCGGGGAGAAGUCUGGCAGAGGAAGGGUCGGGACAGGGCAGCUCGAUGACAACCGUUGGCGUCAAAACGGAAGAGCAAGAUUCACUGCAACCAGUCCCAUCGAGCUCGAAUUUGAGAGAGCGGUCCAUCAAAUCUUCGGUGGCAGCUUCAGUGGGUGUUGGACGCGAAACUGACAGCACGAGUCUGAGGAUGACAGAGGUGGGUCUAAUCCUUGGCUUUGACGUGGAGGAAGAAAAGCGAAAAGCAAAAGAUCGCCGAGAAUCUGUGCUGCGGAGGGCCGACGAGCUUGGCAUGUACGUUGGAUCCACGAGCAUCACCGAGCGUGAAGUGGACAUGCUGGAGCUCGACAUCGAAAUGGAGGAGGAAGAAAGGGCGAUGGAAGAGGAAGAGGAGCGGCAAUGGGCGCUAGCAGACGAGGAAGAGGAGCGGGUAGAGGCGCUAGCAGAAGAAGAAGAGCUACGACUGGCCAUCGAGGAGGACGAGGCCGAUGAGCAGGAAGCGCUCGACCUGCAGCUCAUAGCAUUGACCGCAGGAACCAACCCAGCUGGGUAG